UCGUAUUUUAGCAGUGCGAUCGUGCGGUUGAUAUUAUUUCUCUACCAUCUGAUCUAAGUCCGGGAGUGAAGUGAAAAAAUUCUUGAAAUAAAGCUGCAAAAAAAGUGUGGAGUAACAAAAAAUAAAUUAAAGGCCAGUCAUUACGGGUUCACCCCGCUGGUACUUUCUCUCUUUUGCUUUUUUGUUGUUUCGUUAAGAAACAGAGCCACACGCAGUUACACAAGGCCCGGCCCCAUUGCAGGCAGUCAGUUAGGCUGGCAGUUUAGUGUCAUUUAAAGUAAAAUUAAAUUAAAUUCACUAAAUAGAGAAAUACAAAAAUGAAAUAAAUAAAGCACCAACCUACAAGAAAAUCAAACGCAAGAAAAAACCAAUUCGAAAAGAAAAACGAAGAAUAAAAAAAAUUUAUAUAAAGUGCAUAUUAUCACUCAACAUCGCUCACUCCUAAGCUAGAGUGAAUGCAACAAAAGUGAACGCGAAUGUGCAACUAAAUAAAGAAUAUGAAUUAAUUUUUUAUUCGUCCAUCAAUCCCGUAAAGAUCGCCACAGCUAACCAACGGACCAGCAUUGUCACCGGUAUCAUCAACGCCAUCGUCACUGCUACAAAUACCCACAUCGUAAAGAGUGUUUGAAAAUCAGCCUCGUUUCGCCUUUGUACGACGACAGUUUUGGAUUUCAAUUAAAGCCUCUGUCACCAGCGAGCAGUCAAGUCAACCCCUGCCGCCAGCUUCCAGCAAAAGUGUAUUCUUCUAAGCGUUCUAAAUUUUCAUUAAUGUGAAACAUCAACAAUGCCGUGCAUGUUCCUAAAAACAAAAGCAACAAAAACUACAACAAAAUGGCUUUAUAUGAAAUUUGUAAUAUUUUGUUGGAUUGUAUGUUCCAUCAGCCACAAAUCACUGGCUGUGCCAGCAGCAACAAAUUCCCUCCUCUUGAGCUCUCAAGUUAACCCGAACCUUAACAAUAAUCCGAACAUAAACAACAACAACAAUCCAUUGGUAUUGCUAAACAACAAUGGCAACAACAAUCUGAACAUGAACACAAACACCAACCCCAACAAUCUCAACAACAAUAAUAAUCACAAUAGCAACAACAACAACAACAUUAAUGUCAUCAGCAGCCAAAGCAGUAGCAACAUAAACAUUAAUAACGACAACGCCAACGGCAAUAUUGCCAAUGUUCUAAAUGUCAACAAUCAAAAUCCCAUUAAUUCGAAUACAUUGGGCAACAAUGGCCUGCCCAACACGAAUGUGGCUAGCGACAUUAAUGUGGCCGGUGGCAAUGGCAAUUUACCAGGAAUUAUUGUCAAUACUGGCACAGGGAAUGUUGUUGAUCUAAUGUUGAAUGCCACCGGAUUAGGUGCCAUGGGGCCGGGUGGAGUGGUGGUCAAUGGGGUUCCUGGUAGUGCUAAUAUUGGCAAUAUUGUGGCCAUGCCCAAGGAGAAGGUUUACGAAAAGUGUACCGGGCCGGCAGAUCCGGGACCAUGUAAGCAGUAUACCUACAAAUGGCGCUACGAAUCGACCACAAACGAAUGUACUUCCUUCAUAUGGGGUGGCUGUGAAGGAAAUUCCCAAAAUCGUUUCAACAGUGAGGCGGAAUGUCUAUUCCAUUGUAUAGGAGCUCCACAUACUUUGCCACCAUUUUUGCAAACGACUACGCGCGAACCCAGCACCACCGAAUCGUCCAUAGCACAGCCAUCGUACACACUAUCACCAACCUAUGGUGAUUACGAGACAAGUCCAGUUCCCUUUGAACAACGAGGCCCCGAACUGACCUUUGCGGAGACCGGGCAGGAGAAGACUUUUGUCUUUGCUGAGAAUAACACAUUCAUACAAAUCGAUGGAGACAUCAUACAAACAUUUCAAUUAAGAUUAUGCCGUGAAAUAUCAUUUCAAUUUCGUACCCGCUUGCCCCAUGGUCUGUUGGUCUAUCACAAUGUGAAGAACCCGGAUCGUAUAAAUCUAAAUCCCUAUGCCUUGUAUGUCAUUGUGGAGAAGGGACAAUUGAAGGUGGUCCAUGUGUUUGGCAAACAUUCGACCAGUGUUACAGUUGGCGAAGGCUUGAAUCGAGAUGAGUGGCACAGUGUUAUGGUACGCAUCGAUGUCCAUGGGGCAAGAUUAAUUGCCAGAGUUGACAACAAUCAGGAGGAGGUGUAUCUCAAGGGCUUGAAUCAUGAUACCAACUAUGGUGUAUCCACAAAUCUGCCAUCCGUAGUGCUAGUGGGAGGACUUUCAUCUGAGGAAAAACUACACGGCGUCAAGUAUAUCAUCGAAUCAUUCGUGGGCUGCAUUCGUAAUGUAACCUUGAGUUCUGGCAAAGCUGCCUCUGAUCUACUACCCAUUUCACCACUGGUGGCCACCAAACAUGAAAAUGUCAAUGAAGGCUGUGCUGAUAAAUGUCAUUCACGACACAAUUUGUGUUUUGUGGGUUCACGUUGCAUAAAUCACUACUACGGCAUAUCGUGCGAUUGUUUUGGUUCACACUACGAGGGAGAGCAUUGCGAUAUCUACACUGCAACAAUUAUAACAUUGCGUGGGUCCAGCUAUGUCUCAUAUCGCAUCUACGAUUGGAAGGAUCGCGUCCAUUCGUCGACGACACGCAUCAGUCUUAUGUUUCGCACACAAUUCGAUGACUCCGCUUUGUUCUAUGCCAGCGGCGAGUCACUGAAGCAUCAGUAUAUUGCAGCCUCCAUUAAGAAUCAGUCCAUCUAUGUGGAGAUGGACUUCGGUGACAAUGUCAUGUCGACCAUACUCACAGAUGAUCUGACACGUAGUUAUUGGCAUAAUUUGACCAUCUACCAUGAGCAUCGCACCGUUCGCAUCAUUCUGGACCAGCAGAUGAAGAUACUCGAGGUACCCGGUACGGUGAGUGGCAAUCUUCUGUUCGAUCCGGAAAUUUAUUUUGGCGGCGGUCCGGAUUUGCAUAAGAAGAAGGGCUUGGCAUCGCAUAAUAAUUUUGUCGGUUCGUUAAAGAAUGUCUACUACGAUGAUGUGUCCAUUCUGUAUGAAUUGCAUCGUGGCAAUCCAAAAGUACACUAUCAUGGUGUCCUGGAAGCGGAAUUUGAAGAAAAUGAAGUGAAUGUCAUACCAAUAACAUAUCCUUUUGCAACAUCACACAUUUGGUGGCCCAUAAAUCAUGCCGAGGAAUUUAAUAUCAAGUUCGAUUUCCGCAGUAGCCGACCAGCAGCCAUACUGGCUUAUAGUGAUGUGACAACGAAAGACGGAAACGGUUAUUGGGAGAUUCGUUUGGCAGCAGACAAACUUAGCUUUGAUUUAAUACCCGAUGUCCAGAAUAACGUUACCCUGGCCACAGUGGUAAAGAUUGGACGUGCCACCUCAUGGCAUUCCGUAGAGUUGGAUUACAAAAAUGGCGAAAUACGUUUCAGCGUUGACUACCAACAUCACCGUACCCAAAUGUAUGGCCUGACCUUUAACAUUGGCGAUAAAUUGAUCAUUGGCAGCAGCCUAAAAUCCGCUUCGUCCGGCCUGGUAGGCUGCAUACGUGACAUCGAGGUUAAUGGCCACCUCAUUGAACCCCGCCAUGUGGUUAAAACCGAACGAGUGGUGGGUGAGGUGGCUCUGGAUAACUGUCAGUACAUUGACCCAUGCAAAAGGCCCAACACAUGUGAGCACGAUGGCAAGUGUGUGGUCAAAGAUGAUCGGGUUACCUGCGACUGCAAUCAUACCGGCUACAUUGGCAAGAAUUGCCACUUUACCAAAUACCGCAAAACCUGUGAGGAGCUGGCCCUCUUAGGCUAUACCAAGUCGGAGGUGUAUCUAAUCGACAUUGAUGGCAAUGGGGUCUUUCCGCCGGCCAGUGUUAAAUGCGAUUUCCAAACACUGGAAAAUGCCACGAAAACCAUUGUGGAGCACAAUCUGCCCAGCCAAGUUGAUGUGCGUUCAUCACGAGACUCGGACUUUAGUUUUAACAUUCGCUAUCGUGCCUUCUCACCGGAAAUGCUGCAGGAGUUGAUCUCGCAUUCAUUGUAUUGUACGCAGUACAUCAAAUAUGAUUGUUACAAGGCCCAAUUGGAGUUGCAUUCGGCGACAUGGUUCACAUCGUCAGCCAAAAAUCACACAGUGGAUUUCCUGGGAAAUGUUAAGAGAGGUGCCUGUCCGUGCUCUGUUAACAAAACAUGUGUGGAUCCCAAUCAAUCAUGCAACUGUGAUGUAAAGGAAAAUAAAUGGUACUCGGAUGAGGGAUACUAUACCGAACCCCAUAGCUUAGGUAUCACACACAUGUACUUCCUGCAGCAAAAGGAUUUGGAUGAUGAAGCCCAGGGCAGAAUUACAUUGGGCCCCCUGGAGUGCGUGGAGACAAAUACACAACGCUAUGUGGUCACCUUUACCACCUCACAAUCCUAUAUUGAGGUGCCUGGUUGGCGCAAGGGCGACAUUGCCUUCUCCUUCCGCACCACAGGCGAAAAAGCCAUUCUCUUAUUUCAGCCACCCAUACGGCCGUAUUAUCCAUCCUUUAUGGUGGCCCUUACCGGCGACUAUCAAUUGACAUUCAAUUUCACCCUGAGCACCGGAACCACGCGGGAGUUGGUAAUUAACUCGCAUCGCAAGUUAAAUGGUGGCGAAUGGCAUAAAAUAUGGAUUGACUAUAACGAGUAUCAUGUCCGCUUUAUGAUAAAUACCGACUAUCAAAUGGUGGAUCUUCUGCCCGAGGAGGAGUUUGGCCCCUUCGAGGGCAGUAUGUACAUAGGUGGAGCCACAGCAGAUCUUCUAAAGAAACAAUCCGUAAAAGCCGGUUUAAUUGGUUGCUUCCGUGGCCUGGUGGUGAAUGGUGAAAUACUUGACAUCUACAGCUAUAUGUCGGUGCAUUUAUCGGAAAUCAUUAAGGAUUGCAAACCAUCAUGCGUGCCGAAUCCCUGCAAAAACGGGGCAGAAUGUAGGGAGUUGUGGAGCGCCUUCAAGUGUGUGUGCAACAAUACUUGGGCACACAUAGGCGAAUUCUGUGAGAUCAAUAUUAAUGAAAAGGCUCUUACGUUCAUUAACCGCAAAUCGUUCUUGAUGCGCAACUACUUAAGUGCGACCGCCCAACCCAGUGACAUUGUGGCCAUUUUCGAUGAGGAACGUGAAAUGCUUAAAGGCAUCCUCAAUAAGGACAUACUCAUUAAUUUACGCACUUACGAUACCAACUCAAUGGUCCUCUAUGCCAAUGAUCAUUACAACAAUUUUGUUCACUUGUACAUAAACGAUGGUCGCGAAAUUGUCUUCCUUUAUAAUUAUGGUGAUGAAAUUGUUAACCUAACCGUGGUCGAUGUCAGCGUCAGCACCUUGAAGAGCAUUCAGGUGGCAAUUGUGCGGGAGGAGCAACAUACGCACAUGUAUGUGAAUGGCAAGAGUGCUACCAUAGAGCGUGGCACACUGCUGCUGGACGAGUAUUCGAAUAAGCCAUGGCAAAAUCCGGAAAAGGAGGUGCUAUCACCCCAUCGGCCUCCAGCUCCACCCACGGAAUAUUUCCAACUGAAUAUUGGUGGUUAUGACCCAGCAAAUUUAUUACGUACAAAUAUGGAGGCUCCAGCCCAACAGGGCUUUAUUGGCUGUGUACGUGGCUUGAAAAUUGGCGCAUAUUUGGUAGAUUUGGCGGAAAUCAACGAGAGGAAUAUAGCUCCGACAAUGGAUGGCGUUCUACCCAAUUGCCAAAUCAAAUGUGAUGCUGAACCCUGCAAAAAUGGCGGCAUUUGUCAGGAGAAUUUUGCCAAACAGGAGUCCAAGUGUGACUGUGAGCAUACCAGCUUCUUGGGAGAAUUUUGCAUGGAAGAGAAGGGGGCCGAUUUCAGUGGUGAAUCGACAUUGCAACGGAAAUUUGAGCUUGUCGGUAAAGUGGACUAUGUCCGUCUGCAAUUGGCCUUUUCUUCGUCGGACUUGCGUCGUGCUAAUCGUGUUAUGUUGCUGCUACAAACUGCGGCCGACCGCAGCUAUUAUCUCAUGGUGGCCAUAACAGCUGAUGGUUAUCUGUUGUUUGAGGAGGAUCGUGAGGGCCCGGCGGUGGGAGCACGCAUCGAUCGCAAUUUCCUCAACAAUGCACGCCAUUCCAUCUACUAUCAACGCAAUUACACCGAAGCGACUCUUUACAUUGACCGCGACCCAAUACCAUUGGCGCCCAUAAGUGCGCGAGCAUUAACACCAUCCGCCGAUAUGGGUGCUAAUCGUGUGCAAAUCGGUGGCAUUAAUACCACAGACACACGCUUUGCUGUUUUUAAGAGCUACAGUGGCUGUUUGUCAAAUAUCUAUAUUCAAGUCAACAGUUAUAUAAUGAAACCCCUGGAGGAAUAUAUGCUCUUUACAAAAUCGGGUGCCGACAAUAUAACGGUCAUUAAUCCACAGGGUGUGCGAAGUGCCCAAUGUGUGGCUAAGUUUGAUAUUACAGAACAACCAUCACAAGAGCCCAUGGUCAAUGUCAGCAUGAAAGCUGAAAAUUGGGUGGAUGACCCCCCGCUGCGUAUACCCUAUGUGGCCAAGUACGUUUACGAUGUAUCCACCAAGGAGGACUCCACACAAGUGGUUUUCAUAACCCUUACCUCACUGUUUGUCAUCAUUGUCAUUUGCUGUCUCAUUGAGGUCUACCGCAGUCACUUAGCUUACAAAAGACGCAUCGAACGUGAAACCGAUGAAGACAUUAUCUGGUCAAAGGAACGAGCCACCAAGAUGCACGAGAGCCCAGGCGUGGGUGGACAGCCCUAUGUUUACAAAGCCCUACCUGCGGAGGAAAAGAAGCCAGGCACUGGUGCACCACUUGUAGGAAUUUUGAAGAAUGGCAGCAUUAAAAGAAAUGGGGACCUACCACCAACGCAUGUUGAUACGCCCAUUAGGGAGGAGGAUGAAGAGGAAACGAAUAAUAAGGAUGAACAGCACAAGAAGCAGGAACAGUCACAAACUCCCUCGAAAGAAGUGAAUGAAACGCCAAAAUCGAAUGGGAAAGGAGAAGAAAAUAAAGAAGCUGGCGCCAGCACAAGUACAGAACCACCCAAAGAAACUACCAAAGAUUUAGAAAGUAAUCUCACACAAACCACUAAACCAGAAGAUCUCCCAAAAACUACAACAACCCCAACGAGUAAUGCAACCUCACAACCAGAGGAUUCCUCCGCUGCAAAGUCUCAAUCACCAUUGAAGAAUGGUACGGCGUCAACUGCAGAUGAGCCCAUCAGCAACUCAUCACCAACUGAACCCCUAAUCCAACAGACAACCACACAAUCACCCGCCGCCGAAGCAGAUGUUCGAGAGAAUGGUCUAAAGACAUCAUCCUCAGCAUCGACUUUAGAUCAGUCAACGAUUAAAACUCCUCCCAACGCUGAUAAGGGCGAUCGCAAGGCAUCCGUUAAACGGCAAGUAUCCUGGGGACCACCCACGGUGGCUGAAGCCGAUGCUGAAACAGUAAAAGUCAAGAAAAUCUCAAAACCAAAUGGUUACUACAAUGCCACAGGAGCUCAUGUUAAAACGAAUUAAUGCAAGACCGCAGCAGCAGCGGAAAAAAUUGCCCAUCUCAUCAUCAUCACCACUUGAAGCAUCAACAGCCACAACAAUAAAACGACCCACACGGAAAAGCUUUAAUCUGAAACUGAAUUCAAAGAAACGACGACAUUUUUUAAUUAAGAAACUUUUCAAGUGUAAAUCCCUCUGCUCACAGCCAGUGUAGAAAAAAGCACCCAUACUCUAAAUACCAAAGUGUAGUAAUCAAACCACAGCGAAAACGGAAACAAGCGCAGCGCCAAAAUCAACACCUCCCUCACGGCAGCAGCAAACAAUUGUAAAUAAAGCAAACAAACGACCGACCAACCGACCAACCAACCAACAAACCAACACUACUAACAUUUAAUUUGUGAUAUCAUAUUUUUUUCCAUUCAUUUGGAACUAAGCAAACCUGAAAACUAAAAUUAAAACUCUCAGACCCCCAAAGAACUCUAAUUAAUGUCUAAUGUAAUGUAAUGUGACAAAAGAAAACAAAUGUAUUUUAUUUUGAAAUAAAGUGUGCCUUUUUAAGCAUUUAAGUAAAUAUGA